CUUUUGGUGCAAUAUGCCUUUCUGUUCGCGCAGGGAGGAUCUUCCCUCUCUUCCAUCAGACUCUCCUUGCGGGGCAUCGUCAUCGAGCGCACCGCUGCCAUCCUGGACCAGCAGCCGCAUCUGGCUGAGCUCUUUCCACCUCCUCCUGCCCCUCCUUGUUUCCUUGCGCUUUGUGGAGCCAUUUCUCCUGACACCCAGCCGGACACCGAGCCAGCAAUGGGCCCGGGCAGGGAGGAGGACAUCCGGCGGCUUGAGCAUCACGGGGCUGCGUGGCUCUUUUCUUUCGAGUGAGGAAGACAGCGCCGUGUGUGUCUGUGAGCCGCUGGAGCAGAUGACCCUCCAGCUUUUUGACUGGCGGUCGCCUCCAACCCCGUCGCCAUCUGCCGUCCUGAGGUGGGUGGGUGGCUGAUUUCACAUAUCAUCAUAAUAGUCUCACCCUGCCGGUGAUCUGAUCUCUUUGCCUGUCUGUCUGUCUGUCUGUCUGUCAGGGUGCUGCCGAUCUUGGCCCUGCGUGCUGUGCAGCUGCCGCACACAGAGGGACGCUUUCACCUGCACGAGGUGGGAGGCAAUAAACUAAAAAAAAGAGCUCGCUCCCUUGUACGUCUCCUGUGUGUUGCUGACAAAUGACAGCCUCGGUAUCGCCGCUUGGUCAAAGAUGUGACCGAGAAAGACUCGCUGUUCGGUCUGCUGCUCAUCGACCCACACAGGCAAGUCAAGCACGUGACCUGAUCUGAGAGAGCCGCUGCAUCCGUCGUGUGUGCGCCCCUCUUGCGUCGCCUCUCCUGUUUUCAGGCGCCUUGCCGCAAUCGGCAGCGUCCUUGAGAUCAUUGACGUUCAGAAAUGGGCUGAUGGGAGGUAAGCACCUUGUUUGGGAUCCCUAUGAGGCAAACAGUCACCCACAUGUUGUGCUGCCUGCGCACAGAUAUGACGUGCAAGCACGGGGCAAGGAGCGGUUUCGGCUGAUUCAAGUGCUUCAGGAGGAGAAUGAGGACCUGGAGCGGUACUUGACGGGAGUCGUGGAGAUCAUAGAGGUCAUCACACGCACUCCACGCACAACAGCACUCACCCUCAUGCACACUCGUGUCUUCACUGCAUCCAGGUUGACACAGACUUUGACGAGGACGACCGACGGUACGACAACAGCGGGCAGCCCGCCGACAAUCGCGUCACCCUGGCAUGGCUGAGGCGGGCGAUAUGGAAUUCUUGUGAGGAAAUCAUAAGCCUUCACGGGAUGCUCUACGGCGGCCGUCAUACCCCCCUUCAACAGAGCUGGUCGCGGCUCCAUCCGAUGGACACGUCUUUUGUGUUUGGCGGUACGGACAAUGGACAGACAGACCAACCGACCAACCGCUCGGGAUCGCUUCUUCUUUCUUUUGGCGUCUCUUUGUUUGUCGACAUAUCUGCAGAUAUGCUAAAUGUGCCCGUGUUCAUCCGUCAGCUGAUGCUGCAGACGACAUCCACGCGUCAGCGGCUCGAGUACCUGCUCCGGAUCCUGUCAGCGGACCGGCGGUUCCGCGACGCGCAGGUGUAUCUGAAGACGGCAUUCCUCAAGGCAGGCAAGCAGACGGAGGCCGACGAAGCUGGAGAGCAGCCGAAGCAGCAAGCAGCUCAGUGGCCUUUCGGCGAGUCUGCCGCGGUGACGUCAGUGGUCUUCCAAGACCAGCUCGAGAUCGAGCCCAUUUCAGGGACGGCAGCAGCGAGGGUGAGCGCAGAGGGGACGGAUGGAUAGGUAGUUCGGUAGUGUAUUAGGGAGGGAGGGAGGGAGGGAGGCCUUCCCACUGUGCAGUAGAGGGAACAUCUGGUACAUUUGAGUGCGAGGCCGGAGUGCGGCCGCUGUCAUUGAAGGGCAUUGCGUCAUAGCCAUCUACACAUGAGACCGUUUGGGCCUCCUUGACGAGAUUGAUGAACCUCUGGAGGUUGGAGAAGAGCCGGUCCGUCCGUCAAGACGGACCGGCUCUUCCCCCCCAACCUACAGCACGUCGUCAAUCUCGCCUUGGCGUCGCCUCCUGAGACACACAAAGAAGGACACACAGUGUUUUGGUGGGGGUGGUGGAUGUGCAAGAUGGAACUGGU